UAUUGUGGUGUCGCGCCGCGCGGGCAACGCGCGCGAGUUAACGUUCGAUUCUUAAUUCAAAAUUUGAACUUGGACUUCGUAAGAUCAAAAGCAAGAAGCUGUGGAAGUGCUCAUUCGGUUCGAGACAGUGUUGUGAAAAUAUCGAUUGUGGUUUGUGUAGUGCUGUGUGUGGAUUCUAGUUUAUUUGCCAGACCGAAAAAUACAAAAUGCUAGCCCGGUGGCCAGUCCUGUGGCUGCCGAUCCUGCUGGCUUCGGUCUGCGGAAGCGACAUCCUGAUGGUCACCAUGGGCGGCACCAAGUCACAUAAGAUGCCGUUUUGGGAGCUGUCCAGAGGUCUUAUUAGGAGGGGCCACAACGUGACCUUCAUGAGUGCCUUUCCCCCAGACUUCCACAUCCAGGGUCUGGAGGAGAUCGCCCCCGAAGGUCUGGUGUCUUACGUGAGGAACUACAUGACCCACGAUCUGGUGGGGGCCAGGAUGAGGGGAGAGGAACCUCUGCCGGUUAAGGACAUCUUCAGAUACGGAUAUGAGGCCUGCGACGCGUUCCUAAGUGACAUCGAGACGCGUGCCCUCCUCCGCUCAGGCCGCAAUUUCGACCUGAUCAUCCUCGACGGGACCUACCCAGAGUGCGCCUUCGGCAUCGUCUACAAACUCAAAGUCCCCUUCAUGUACAUCAACACAGUUGGCUUUUACGCCAUGCCACUCAGCAACUCAGGCAGUCCUACCCCCUUCUCAGUAACCCCGUUCUUCGGCAAAGCUUAUACAGAUGACAUGGGAGUUAUAGACAGAGCUAUGAACGCGGCUUGGUAUAUCGGAGCAUAUACUAUGCAUAGCUUCAUGGCUGUGUUUCUCCAAGGAGUGUUGAGAAGACAUUUUGGGCCGCAGAUGCCUCAUGUAUACGAUAUGGCGAAGAAUGUGAGCUUUAUACUGCAGAAUGGGCAUUAUUCGGUUUCGUAUCCGAGACCGUAUUUGCCGAAUGUUGCGGAGGUCGCGUGUAUACAUUGCAAGGAAGCGAAGAGAUUGAAUCCGGAUAUCGAAGAGUGGAUCUCCGGCGCCGGCGACGCUGGUUUCAUCUACAUCUCCAUGGGAUCCUCCGUCCGUACCUCCAAGAUGCCUCUGUCAGUCCACCACCUCAUCAUCAACGCGCUGGGCAGGCUACCUCAAAGGGUUCUGUGGAAACAAGAUGGAGAGCAGAACAUGACAGACAUCCCGGCUAAUGUCAGGCUUUAUAAGUGGCUGCCUCAGCAGGACUUAUUAGGACACCCGAAAAUUAAAGCGUUCGUAACCCAUGGAGGGUUACUCAGCAUGUUCGAGACCGUCUACCACGGGGUGCCCAUAGUCACCAUCCCAGUCUUCUGUGACCACGACGCUAAUGCCGCCAAAGCCGAAGUCGACGGAUACGCGAAGAAGCUAGAACUCCAGCACCUAACCUCAGAAAAACUAUACGAAGCGAUCAAAGAAGUCAUAAAUCUGCCAAAGUAUAAAACAGAAGUGAAAUACAGACAGACUCUCUUAAGAGAUCAGAAAGAGACACCUUUAGAACGCGCUGUUUAUUGGACUGAGUAUGUCAUCAGACAUAAAGGAGCGUACCAUCUCCAGUCUCCAGCCAAAGAUUUAAACUUCGUCCAAUAUUAUCUACUAGAUGUCGCUGCCUUGACUAUACUUGUCAUUUUCACAAUCGCAUCACUCAUCACCUAUGUGAUGAGAGUUGGUUUCAAACGUUUAGUUAAGUAUGUGCAGAACAGACAGAUGGACCAGUUGUUGAAUAAGUCGAACGAUUUGUUGCAGCGGUCGAAGAAACUUAUCGACCACACGGCGAUGUCGAAGAAACAUUUGUAAUACCAAAGUGUGUAAAGACAAUCAUAGUUUUUUUGUUAAAAUAAAAAUUUGAAGAUUUAUUUUGCUAUAUAAAAUCCAGUGCAAUGAAUUUGUAGGGAGAAACCAUAAAAAUGUUUCACUAGUUUAAUCUGGGAACUAAAGGAAUGAUAUUUUUUAUACUAUGAAACAUAGAUGGCGUUAUUAAGUAGUUUCAUCACCAUCGAUACCGCCAUCUGUUGACCACUAGGAGAAAUAUGCAUUGUUUUCUUAUUUCUGACCUUAUGUGUCUUUUUCUGUUUCUCCAACUGAUUGUGUAGAAACUGCACGAACAAUUUAUACGUAUCCAAUUUCCAUUGAUUGAUAUUGUUGCUUAGUUCGUGUUCAAACAUUAAAUAAAUGUCAUAUACAAAGAAAAAAUGAACAAUGCCUCCAAGUGUUCCAAGCUGGAUUCGAACCAGCGUACUCCGCUAACCGGACGGAUGCCUCAACCACUCGGCCAUCGGUACACGAAAGCAAGGGUCGAAAUUUUCAAGUAUAUGACACAAUUACCGAGAGCUUGGCGCCCCCAUUCGUCCAUUUUUAGUUCGUGUUUGUCUUAGAGAACUAAUUGUUACAGCUGGUUAAAACAGCAGGAAUGAAAUAGCUAUUAUUCAUUGAUAUAAUUUAUACAAAACUUUGUAACAAAUACUCUGUUUUCAACUUCAGCCAACUAUGAAAAGUUUUGCAUUCUGUACCUACGCUUUAUCUUAAAUUGUUACGGGAAAACUCGAAUUGUUCAUGGAUAGAUAAAAACGGGUGAUUACGAGAACAAAAGCAAGCUGUGCUAAUUAUAUAUUAUUAUAUCUUAGGAGUAAGAUAAUCGUGAUAAUAUACGCUCAAAAUGCCUUAUUUCAGUUGAAUAAAAUACCUAGUACUAAAUAAGUAACUAAAGGCAUAUUACACGGUGUGAGAACUCGCAUGCAUUGCAUUACAUUAUUUCAUUUGAUUGGUUUUGCUGAAUCGUAAACAGUACCUAAGACGGUCAACCAAAUCAUGGCACUAAAAAGGUGGCUAAUUUGAAAAAUGUAGGGUUCACCGGCAGGCUUUCUUCAUAAAGCGCGUGCUUUUGAUGUUGUUGGAAUCAUCAAUGAGUCAUUAAACUUAAUAAUUGAUGGAAAAUGUAGGGGCGAAGGUUUAAUUCCCAUCGAAAAUUUGAAUUUUGCGUCUUUUUUUAAUGCCUAGAUUUCGUUGACUGUCUAUAAAUUCCUACGUCUUCAAUGUAGCUUAAAUUACAUGUGAGUUUGCGCGCCGUAAAAAUAUCAAAAAUGCAUCCUAUAUACGUAUGGACUUAAAGUUUUUUUAUAUGUAAAAAUAUACCCCGUCUGUUUGACCAAGUGAUUGGUAAUGUGAUUUAUCUACUCCUAGUUGAAUAAUUACAUAAAAUAGGUAAGAGAAAAAUUACAGAUGGCCUAUUUGUAUUAAAAUUUUAUUAGUCGUUGUUUUUGAUAAAUUGGCCUGGUUCAAAGCGUUUUCUUAUUUUGAAUUGUAAAGGUCCAUACCUAAUGACUAACUUAGAUUUCACCAAGUCUUAUCAAAAUAUGACAGUAAACAAAAAUCAACAAAGACGGCAGUCUACUUAAUUAAAAUGACUAGUUACUAAUAUGAAGUUACCAUUAGAGAUUAUAAAAAUAUUUUGUUACCACGGUUUCACAGGGUUCAGGUUCAAUCCUACACAAAACCUUCAAAAGUUUUCUAAAUAAAAAAAUAAGUCAAUGUGCCUUGCCUAAUUAUAUAGGAGAUCAUUUACAUGGCGCGAACUUGUGUGCGAUUUCAGUUACAUUGUGGACUGUUAAGGGGUUACACGUACCAUUCAAAUACCACAAUGUAAUGGAACUCGCAUGCCAGCUCUCGCAUCGUGUAAAUGGGCCCUAAUUGUGCAGUACUUACCCGUGUGAGUCUUAAUACUCGUAAAGUAUCCACAAAAUAAGUGGUAUGACCACUGGUACAAAAGACAUAAUAAAUUGAGAGCAAAGGUUGUGUGCCUUGAUGUUUGUAAAUAUUAGAUUGUUUAAGUUGAAUUUAAGUUAAGUUUAAGUAAAUAAACAUGAGUUGAAAUUAAA